UUAAUGAAUGCAAUGUUUGGAAGCUAAAUAAAAAAAAAAUCAAACGCGAAUUGCACGCAAAAUCAUCAAAUAUCAACAACUUUGACUUGAUGAAAGGGAAAUUAAAAAGCAAAAAGGUGCUAAAAUGCACAAAAUAUUACAAACAUACAAACAUACAUACAUACAAACUUACUAUGUGCGUUUCCAAAACAUAAACAAAUCUCAUGCUUGAAAACGAAGUAACAACAACACUAACGCCCAAUAGCAUAAUAGCAACAACAUCAGUAUUAGCUUAGCUGUGAUUAUCAUCAUCAUCUGCUGCGUUUACUACUGGCCAACAACAGCGGUCGGUAGCCGGUUUUUUGUGUGUGUUUACUCAUCCUAAAAUUCAGUUAUUAUUAUUUACCAACUUCUAUACGCUCGGCAUGCAAAUCGACGGAAGUUUGUGCCCUAGUGCUGCGGUUGCGCAUCUUUACAGCUGUUGUUGUCGCAUGCCGCACGCCAACCGCUGCUGCGCCUAGCCAAACUCUAGUUGGUUUUCGCAUAUAAAGCCGUUCGUUGCAACGGUUAAAGCAUCAGUUGUUGAUUGACUCUCUCGACUCCCAUAUCUCUUAAGCGUUGAGACAACAACAUGAAGGUAUUUGUUUGUUUACUGGCGGUUUGUGCCAUUGCGAAUGCUGGCAUUAUUGGUGGCGGCGGCGGUUGGUCUAGCGGCGGUGGUGGUGGUGGCGGCUGGUCCAGCGGCGGCGGCGGCGGUGGCGGCGGCAGUGUCAAGAUUGUGAAGAUCAUUGAUGCUGGUUCCGGCGGUCAUGGUGGUGGCGGCGGCGGUGGUGGCGGUUGGUCAAGUGGUGGCGGCGGCGGUGGCGGUUGGUCCAGCGGUGGAGGCGGUGGUGGCUGGUCCAGCGGCGGCGGCGGCGGUGGUGCUGCUGAUGUCAAGAUCAUCAAAGUCAUCUCACAAGGCGGUGGCGGCGGCGGUGGUGGUGGUUGGUCUAGCGGCGGUGGUGGUGGCGGCUGGUCCAGCGGCGGCGGCGGUGGUGGCUGGUCUAGCGGCGGUGGCGGUGGAAGCGGUGGCUCCGUCAAGAUCAUUAAAAUCAUCUCACAAGGAGGUGGCGGCGGCGGCGGCGGCGGUUGGUCCAGCGGUGGCGGCGGUGGUGGUUGGUCUAGCGGUGGUGGCGGUUGGUAAACAAUAUUACCAUUCAACACCAAGCUAACAACCUAACCUCCUUGUGAUAUGCAUCAAGCCAAUAGUGUUCAAAUUUAUUGUCAUCGUCAAUGUUACAACAAAAAUUUUGCAAUUCUCAUUGCAACACACGCCCUGCCAUAA